AUUUUUUUAUUGUGAUGACACCAAAACAGUCGAAAUGUGUUCAAAUAUGAGAUACAAUUACACUUCAGUCAGCUGACUCGGAAUCAACAUAUGCGCAUGCGUCCCUUUUCAGAAUAAAGGUCGUAUUUGAUGUCCAUGCGUGAACGUUCUAAAUUAAAACUUUUCCUUUUUUCGGGGCCGAUUUAAAGUUUGUCAUUUUGAAUUUAAUAUUAAGCGUAAAUAAUUUUUUUCUAAAUCAACCAGAACGGAACAGAAAUAGUAUUUUCAGCGUCAGUUAUGUCUUGCCCUGCUGAAGAAGAAGACCCGUUCCCCGCAGAUGACGGUCUUUUUUCGGAGAGUUUUUCUCAAGAGGUUGUGUUCACCUUCAUGGGAGAGCAGCUGAAGAUCUCGCAGGUGUUUGGCGCAAACCUCGGCGUGGCUGCUGCGGUCUGGGAAGCUGCUGUGCAUUUAUGUCGAUUCUUGGAGGAUCAGUCGGUCAACCUAAAGGGAAAGCGCAUCAUUGAGCUGGGAGCGGGAACCGGACUGGUGGGAAUUUUGGCUGCCCGUCUGGGUGCAGAGGUGACGCUCACAGACCUCCCCCUGGCUCUUCCACAGCUUCAAGCCAAUGUCUCGGCUAAUACUCUGUCCAGUGGCUGGCCUUCAGCUGAGCCAGCUGUCCUCCCUUUGUCCUGGGGUGAGGACCACCUAAACUUCCCUUCUGACUGGGAUCUGGUGCUCGGUGCAGAUAUCAUUUAUCUCUCAGAAACAUAUCCUCUUCUGUUGAAGACGCUAACUCAUUUGUGCAAAAGUGGAGCCGUCGUUUACCUUUCAUCUAAAAUGCGCAGAGAACACGGGACUCACAUCUUUUUUGAAGAGUACCUACCAAGCAGAUUUCAUGUCAUGCUCAUUCACAGAGAUGAAAAGCAGAACAACAAUAUUUACAGGGCGUCUCUAAGGACAGAGGAGUGACAGUAAAACAAGCAGGGGGACGGAAGCCUCUCUGGGUGACCCGACAGGUCAGCAGCCCCUCAAAGAGCCAGUGAAAGCCCACCCUUACCCUUUCCCGCUGAUGAUGAUCUUUAUUUCUGUCAAAACCCACAUACUCAU